UGCGAGACGCCAGUAAAAAAAAAGAAGAUCGCUUCUUUGAAUAACUCGCUAGUCACCAUCUCUUUUCCAUUCGAUUCGCAUUUAUACAAAUACUUUAACACCAAGAAAGCUCAAAUGGCAACAGAAAGCGAAGAGAACGGCACGGAAAUGCAAACUGAGGUGGAGGCGUCAGCUUAUUUGCUUGCUCGGUGUAAGCUGGAGAACCUCCUCAAUAAGAGCAUGAGGAUCCGAAUGACAGACGGGCGCACGCUGGUGGGUCUCUUCCUGUGCACAGACAGAGACUGCAACGUCAUCCUGGGAUCUGCACAAGAGUUCCUCAAAUCCACAGAUUCUUUCGCACAAGGUGAGCCCAGGGUGUUGGGACUGGCGAUGAUCCCUGGCCAUCAUGUGGUUUCUAUAGAAGUGGAAUCUGAAAGCCUUCAGAUGACCACCCAUGGACUCUGACAACUUGAUAUACUUUUGAGGUCACCAUAUGGACUACAUAGGAUGUAGUUUCCACACACACACAUUUUUUUUUUCCAAGAUCCACUUUAGCUGGAGUUAUUCACACCAAAUGGAUUUUUCUUUAUUUUUCAGGGGACUCCAAUUCCAUUCACAGUGGGUUGGUCCUCUAUGUUGAGAAGAAUAAUAACAGCAUGAUAUGAACUGUACCUUUUUGUUUUUGAAUCUGCUUGCAUGUAAGUGGUGCACAUUGGGUGUAAUUAUUGACACUUUCAUUUUUCAAUAAGAGAUCUAAUCUUU